AUGUCUGCCUUCGGUGAUGAAGUGGAUGCAGUUUGGCCAGCGGUUUCUGGAGACUCCCAGCCCCUGACGGAGUUCGGGAUGAAGCUGCUCCAGGACUGCCGGAAAGUAAAGAAGCCGAAGGCGAAAACUGACGGCCUUGCCUCCAUGGUGAUGCAGAAAUCCAAAGAGUUCCCCUUGCCAUUUGGCGUGGAGAGUGUCCGUGUCCACAAGCAGUCACCACUUCGGCUGGCUAGCAUUGACAUGCAGAUAGCUUCUACGUAUCCGGUUAUCCACGAACGUACCUUGGGCCUCUAUUUGCAAUACCUGGAGCACAAGUGCAAGUGGGGCAAUUCCAUUGAGAAACCCGUCUAUAAGCCGCUCUCCCUCUGCGGUUUUGUCCAGCGUCUCCUGGAGAAGCGCUGUGCCAGCUUCAUAGCCCGCAAUGACAAGUACCUGCUCCUUAGCGGUGAACGGGGAGCCAGUGGCUUCGAAACUGUGGGCACCGCCGAGGAGAAGGCGCCCUUGGUGCUGGCCGACCUACUCAGCUACGACGACAUCAAGCUGUCCGCUCUGCUGACCGUCAGCUCCCACACCAUUUUCAUCAACGAGGGCGAGCGUGCCAAUUGCGGUCGCGUUGCCUUCAACUCCAAGACUCUGGAGCCGAGUGGUGUCAUUGUGGGCAUGAUUGGAGCCCGGCUGUCGCGGCGGAAUCUGAUGGAGUUCCAGGACAUUGUGAUUGCCCGCACUCAGAACACCCGAGAGCGGGGCUACGGCAUGGCUCUGGAUGCACCGGCCACCACCAGGGAGCAGGACUAUCGGCGCUUGUGGCGUGGAUUCUACGCCAUGCGGGAUCUGGUGCAUGGCCAGGCCACCAUUGACCAUCAAAGGUUCGGUCCCUCGGGCAAUAAGUUGGAUGUUUUCGACAAUCUGGCUAUGAAACGGCGCUAUGCGAUCAGCUUCGAUCUGCUGCUCCUGGAGGCCCAGGCCCGGGCCAAGGCCACCAACCGUCUGGCCUACGUCCAUGUGGUGGGCUUCGGGUUGGGCGUGUGGAAGGUGGCCGUCCAGCAGGAGCGCAUCUUUCUGGAGGCCUUUGAGCAGCGCAUGCGCACCCUCGGUUCCAGGUUGGAUCACUUGGGUGUCGUGCACUUCUCCUGGUUCACCAUGAAGGAAUGCGGCGGCCUAAAGGACGGUGCUCUGGUGGAGAUACCCGGUCAUCCCAAGAAGGGUAUUCGUGUCCGCAUCUCCAAGCGAAAUCCGGCCGAGAAGUUGACGGGACCGGAGAAUGCCGACAUGCUGCUGGUGGUGUCCUACGCCUGGGAUGGUAAUGCCUUGCCGGGCAAUGAGUUCUGGAUGAAGUGGACAAGCGACAAUUGAAAGUCACGAAGCAUGAAAUUAAUGAUGAUUUCCGAGUCAUCGGCUGGGAGAGGCUUCACUUUAUAUACUUCUCCCUGUUUGUAUACAGUUUCCCGGUUGCCUUUAGGUGUCAGAAGUGUUGAUAGGCGCUGAUUAGGAAAAUAAUAUGAGGAAUACUAUACAAAUUAGUGUUAUAGUUGAGGUUUUCUUAUCAGGACAUUUCCAAAAGUACCAAAGUUAAAUGAAAAGUUGAUUAUUUUCGAAAAGAAAACCACAUUUUGUGGUAAGCUCGCUUUGGAGAUAAUACUGACCCACUUUUUAUUA